CAUAAUCAGAUUCUAAAUCAAAAAGGCAAAAAUUUGCAUUGGAAUGAUCCACAAGUUGGUUCACAACAGAUUCUCAAUAUUCCUCAGUAUUAACCUUUUCCACUACCUCUUUUCAAAUCAUCAUACCAGGCAAUAAUUGAUCUCAGCUCUUUGGCAACUCCAACUUCAUGGCAGGAAAGUACUGUUGCAUGGUGAUGAGGCUCAAUGUUGAUUGCAAUGGAUGUGUUAGGAAAGUAAGGAGAGUACUUCUCAACAUGAAAGCAAUAGAGACACAUCUGAUUGAGAAGCAGCAGUGCAGGGUUAGUGUGUGUGGGAGAUUUAUACCAGCAGAUGUGGCAAUUAAGAUGAGAAAAAAGAUGAAUCGAAGAGUCGAAAUUCUGGAAAUCCAAGAGUUUGAUGAAAAUACUACUGAACAGAUGGAUCAAAGGCCUAUGAUUACUGCUGCCUAUUGAGAGAAAAUACAGAAGGAAAAUAGAGCAUGUUUGGAUUCCUUUAUAGUAGUACCUCAAUUGAAUUAUAGGGUACAU